AUGACCAGUUUUUUUGAUACUGGAGAAGAGUCAAGCAAAAGUUUAAUUGGAGAAUUGUUUGGUGAUAAUAAAAAGAGAUCAAGAACCACUUUUGAUGAUUUAUUGUCAAAUAUAACAUCAAAUAAUGAUCAUGAAAAAAUAUUAACCAAAGGUGGCAUAACAAAUCAAAAACAGGCUUUCCAAAAUAAUGAUUCAAAUUUAUCAGUAUCAUCGCAAACACGUAAAAAUUUAACUAAUAAAGAUAUACUUACAGAAUCAGAAAAAAGUACCAGUAAAGAUUCAUCUGGUACAUUAAAUGACUUAUUUCAAACAAGUAAAACAAAAUCUGAUAGAGUUACAAAAAGUGUUAAUUUUGCAAAUAAUUUUUUUGAUAAUAAUUCAUCGAAUAUAUCAAAUAAAAAUGUAACAAAUAAAUCUAUUUUAAAUAAUAAUAAAUCAACAUUAAAUGUGCAAGAUAUUAAUGAUGAACAUGUUCAAAUGCUAGAACAAACAAUAUCGCUAUUAAAAAAAGAAAUUUCAUCAUUAAAAUAUGAUGCUAGUAGUACGCAAGAUGAAGUAGAGGAAUGGAAAACGAUGUAUGAAAAAUUACAAAAAAAAUAUACAAAAGAUAUUAAUGAUUUAAAAGAAUCUCAUCAAAAACAAUUAAUAGAAAUAGAUAUCGAACGUAAAAAAGAAUUAAAACAUCAAAUUGAAGUUAUUGAGAAAGAAGCGCAAAUAAAAGCUUUGAAGGAGGCAGACAAUGAAAAUUUUAUUGAAUUAAAAAAUCAAUUAGAAAAAGCAUUUUCAACAAUUGAUACCUUAAAAAAUGAACUAAAUUUUGUAACUGAUUCAUUUAAAGAAUAUCAAGAACAAACACGAAACAUUUUUAAAGAGCAAUUAGAAUUACAACAAGAACAAUAUGAAGAAGAGGCAAAAAAUAGGAUAACAGAGAAACAAGAUAUUGAACAUUUGCAUCAAAAUUUAAAAUUUAUAUAUGAAGAACAAAAAAAUUUACUAAAAAUAGAAAGAUCACGUCUUGAGGAGGAUCGUCGAAAAUUAAAAAUUGACAUUGAGCAUUUUCAAAAAUCAAAACUUGAAAUAUUGGAUAAGAUAGAGUAUCAAAAAAUUGAACUUGAAAGAUUAAAGACAAAUUUUUUAACAAAACAACAUGAUUUACUUGUAAGAGUCAUGAAUGAAAGAUCAUAUAUUGAAGAAGAAAAUCAAAAAUUUCAGAUGCAAAAAAGUAUGGAUAUUUCAAGAAUACGAUCAGAAGCAGAGACAUUAGAAAAGUAUGCUAGAGAAAUUGAAAAUGCUCGAAUGUUUUUGGAGGAUGCAAGAAUUAAAUAUGAACAAAAAAAUCAAAAGUUGAAUGAAAUUGAAAAGAUACUUCUAACUGAAUGUGUCAAAUUAGAAAAAAUUAAAAUAAAAAUGAAUGGUAGUUAUGAAGAUGAAUUUAGUACUAUAGAACAUCUUGACGAUGACUUUUUUUAG